CUGUGUUGGGCGCCGACCGUGGUGCUCACUGAUAAAGUUUAGUCUUGGUUGCCUUUUGCGAGCCAUGGAGAGUGACUUUUAUCUGCGUUACUACGUGGGCCACAAGGGCAAGUUCGGCCACGAGUUCUUGGAAUUUGAGUUCAGACCCGACGGGAAACUGAGAUAUGCAAACAACAGCAAUUACAAAAAUGAUGUCAUGAUCAGAAAAGAGGAGCUUGAAAUUGUCAUUGGAGAUGAACACAUUUCUUUCACAACAUCAAAAAUUGGUUCCCUUAUUGAUGUCAAUCAAUCCAAGGAUCCAGAAGGCUUACGAGUAUUUUAUUAUCUUGUCCAGGACCUGAAGUGUUUGGUCUUCAGUCUUAUUGGAUUACACUUCAAGAUUAAACCAAUCUAGAUUGAAUAUUGGUGCGGACAUGAGAGGGGUAGAGUGGUUGUUUUUUAAUUGCCAUUUCAGGAAAUUUUUGUGUAUAUCAGGGAAGUAUUUUUUUAUAAACUGGAAAUGAUUGUCUUUAAUAAAUAUGUGAUAAAAACCCAA